AUGGGGUUAAAUGAGUCCUACAUGCCAACUAGGAGCCAAAUCUUGUUAAUAAACCCCUUACCAUCGGUUAGUCAAGCCUACUCUAUGGUUAUAAGUGAUGAAAGUCAAAAAUCAGUGACUUCUAACUCUAGCAUCUUGGGUGCAAAUCCUGCUAUUGGACAAAAUCUCUAUGAUAAUGUUAUGCACACAAGGAGUGGGGUACAAGGGUCAGGAUACAUAGCUUUGUACUCAAGAAAUGGAGGCAAUCCAAAGUUCAAGAAGAACUACAACUUACAAUGUGAAUUCUGCAAGUUGAAAGGCUAUACCAGAGAGACUUGUUACAAACUUGUAGGGUAUCCUGCAUAUUUCAAAUUUAAGAAAAGGAUAAGAGCAAACACUGGAUAUAAUGGUGGCAAUAAUACUGGAUAUAAUGGAAAUAACAGUAGUACUGCACAUAAUGUUUGUUAUGAGAGUUCCACUUAUGGAAGUCACAUGAUGCAUGGUCAAAUGCAAGGGGUUGAGAACCAGGUAGUAUAUACUCAAGGAUCUCAAGGCUCAGGACAAGGAAUAGGUAUCAUUAGUAGUUCAUUAACUACUGAGAAUAACAAUGAAUUGACAAUCACUACUGCUUUAGCAGCUACUGAAUCCAACAAGGAGUGGAUAGUGGACACUGGUGACACUAACCACAUGUUAUCUGAUAUAAACUUGUUGGAUAAGAGUUCUAUAAACAAACCUGAGAUUUCAAAAAAGGGUUUCUUGCCAAAUGGUGACAUAUCACUAGUUACUCACAUAGGAGCUAGUAAACUAACAGAAUCUAGCACCAUCACAAAUGUGUUUUAUUUGCCACAAUUCAAAUUCAAUUUGCUGAUCUCUACACUUGUGAAGGGGAUUGGUAGACAAGAAGGAGGUUUAUACAUAUUGCCAAGUCAUCAAGCUCAUAUCUGUUCUCUAGUAACAAACAAUUUAAAUUCUGCAUUUGUUUCCAUUUCACAAGCUGAUAUAAGUUUGUGGCAUAAAAGAUUUGGACAUGUGUCCUUUACUGUUCUUAAGAAAAUUCUGCAAUUUUUGACUUAUGUUAAGACUCAGUUUGACAAGGUAGUUAAAAUAGUCAAAACUGACAAUGGUACUGAGUUUGUGAAUUCAGUAUGUAGCAAUUUGUUUAAAACUUUAGGCCUUAUUCACCAAAGAUCUUGUGCAUAUUACCCUCAGCAAAAUGGAGUUGCUGAGAGGAAACACAGACAUAUACUUGAAGUAACAAGAGCCAUUAGAUUUUAG